AGUAACUGCCUUACGUAAGAUGGUGGUGUCUGCUGUGUUUUGAGUGCGCGGCAGGCAGGCGCGUACUUGUUCCUUCUCUCUUCGUUACCUUUAUGUUGUGGCUUUUGCCGCGGGUAGGGAUCGUGGAGUUACAGUGAAGAAGGAACCCGAGCUUGCGUGUCUCCGCGCCGGCCAGUUGCUGUUAGGGGCGAGCGGCGCUGGUGGCACUGCGGGUGCGGCGCAGUGCUGCUCAGGUAGAGUCUGCUACUCCCGUCCCUUCAGCAGGAGGAGACUGAAGCUGUUGUGGGCAGGGGUCACUGGGCUCUUCUCUGCUCGACUAUGUCGGACAAUCAGAGUUGGAAUUCCUCUGGCUCUGAAGAGGACCCUGAGACCGAGGUUGGGCUGCCUGUUGAGCUCUGUGGGCUGCUCAGCAAGUUGCAGCCCUUUGCGGUAGCCCCCGCAGACGGCGAACCCCUUUUGGACGGCUCAGGCCUUCGGAACGACAUACCGAGUGACCAGCGUUCGGUCACUCUUGACCCCCCGGUUGCUGCGAUACCAGUGCUUCUCUGCGUCCGCCGCUCCCGUAAUAGUGGUUGUCUCCGUUUAUGUCGAAUUAAGUCCCUUUUCGUCGAGGGUCCCUGUUCGGGCGCCAGUUGCGAGCGGGGGAGGAACAAGCUAGGCCAACUCAGUUGGACCAACUACAUUCAUGGGUGGCAGGAUCGGUGGGUAGUUCUGAAAAUCAACACACUCAGUUAUUACAAGUCUGAAGAUGAAACGGAGUAUGGCUGCAGAGGCUCUAUCUGUCUGAGCAAGGCUGUGAUUAUGCCUCAUGACUUUGAUGAAUGCAGAUUUGAUAUUAGUGUAAACGAUAGUGUUUGGUACCUCCGAGCUCAGGACUCAGACCACAGACAACAGUGGGUAGAUGCAAUAGAACAACACAAGACUGAAUCUGGCUAUGGAUCAGAAUCAAGUUUACGACGCCAUGGCUCCAUAGUGUCUCUUGUUUCUGGAACAAGUGGAUACUCUGCAACAUCCACCUCUUCAUUCAAGAAGGGCCAUAGCUUACACGAGAAGCUUGCAGAAAUGGAAACCUUUAGAGACAUCUUGUGUAGACAAGUUGAUACUUUACAGAAAUACUUUGAUGCCUGUGCAGAUGCAGUUUCCAAAGAUGAACUCCAGAGGGAUAAAGUGGUAGAAGAUGAUGAAGAUGAUUUCCCUACAAUGCGUUCUGAUGGGGAUUUUUUACACAACAGUAACAGCAGUAAGGAAAAAUUGUUUCCACAUGUGACACCAAAAGGAAUUAAUGGCAUAGACUUCAAAGGAGAAGCUAUAACUUUCAAGGCAACUACUGCUGGAAUCCUUGCUACGCUCUCUCAUUGUAUUGAACUUGUGGUAAAACGUGAAGAAAGCUGGCAAAAAAGACUAGAUAAGGAGAUGGAGAAAAGGAGAAGAAUUGAAGAAGCAUACAAAAGUGCUGUGACAGAACUGAAGAAAAAGUCUCACUUUGGAGGGCCAGACUACGAGGAGGGUCCUAAUAGUCUGAUUAAUGAAGAAGAAUUCUUUGAUGCUGUUGAAGCUGCUCUCGAUAGACAGGAUAAAAUGCAAGAACAGUUCCAAAAUGAAAAGGUCAGAUUACACUGGACAACAUCCUUACCUUCUGGAAAUGCAUAUUCUGCUGUGGGGAUUCAUAGAUUUGUCCAAAAGCCCCAUAGUUGCUCUUCCUCCAUGUCUUCAAUUGAUCUAGCCUCUGAUGUUCACAAAUUCAGCACCCAGGUGGAAGAGAUGGUACAAAACCAUAUGACAUAUUCCUUGCAAGAUGUAGGAGGAGAUGCCAAUUGGCAACUAGUGGUAGAAGAAGGUGAAAUGAAGGUGUACAGAAGAGAGGUGGAAGAGAAUGGAAUAGUUUUAGAUCCUUUGAAAGCAACGCAUGCUGUUAAAGGGGUAACAGGGCAUGAAGUUUGCCACUACUUCUGGAAUGUCGAUGUUCGUAAUGACUGGGAAACAACAAUUGAAAAUUUCCAUGUUGUGGAAAAUUUAGCUGAUAAUGCAAUCAUCAUUUACCAGAUGCAUAAGAGGGUGUGGCCAGCUUCUCAAAGGGAUGUGCUGUAUUUGUCUGCCAUCAGAAAGAUACCAGCAUUCAGUGAAAAUGAUCCUGAAACAUGGAUUGUGUGCAAUUUCUCUGUGGAACAUGAUGAUGCUCCUCUGAACAAUCGCUGCAUCCGUGCCAAAAUAAAUAUCGCUAUGAUUUGUCAGACGUUAGUAAGCCCACCAGAGGGGAACAAGGAAAUAAGCAGGGACAAUAUCCUAUGCAAGAUUACAUAUGUAGCUAAUGCUUUUAUCAGAUUUGCUGUAUUUCAGUAUCUGGCUUCCUGUCUACUUCUAGUGAACCCAGGAGGAUGGGCACCAGCAUCAGUGUUACGGGCAGUGGCAAGACGAGAAUAUCCAAAAUUCUUAAAGCGGUUUACAUCAUAUGUGCAAGAGAAAACGGCAGGACAGCCUAUUUUAUUCUAGUAUUAACAGUGAUCAGAACAAGACUGGGUGAGCAUUCCACACUGAAGUGACCAUGCAUAGAGCACUCCAUGCUGGAACGAAGGAUCUACAGUCUUCUUAUGGCCAAAGUUUUAGGCUUUGUAUAGUGAAGUAAAGAAGUUUUGCGACACUAUGAGGCUGAAUAUUUAACAUUAUCUCUCUCAUAAAUUUUCUUGCAGAAUCAGUGUGUAAUUAUAAUUAGAUGUAUUGAUAACAUAUAUAUGGCUAUUUUAUUUGCCUGCUCAAGAGGAAGAACUUGUACAACUUUGAAUCACCAACAUGGGUUACUGCUUUAAUUUUAAACAACUUGCAGAAUUUCACUAUCAACAUUCCUAAGGUACUUGUGCAGAUUUUAUGCAUCUAAAAAGCACAAAAGACAAAUGCACACAUAGCAUACUGUAUGUGCUUUAUAUGCACAAAAAUUUACGUGGUAUUUGGGGGGUGGGGGGGGAGGAAGUUUAGUAAAUACUAGGUGAUGUUUUGGCAGGUUUUGUUUUGCUUUGUAUAAUCAUAUUUAAUUGCUGAAUGUUUCUAUAAUGAAUCAUCUUGUUACAUAAAAUAUCAGUUAAUAAUUGAGGGCUGUCAAUAUCCUUUUGACUUAGCCUUUUCUGUUGUCUUAUUCUUAUGAAGUUCUUUGUCUCUGAAGGAGUAAGAGCGUGAAAAGCUUUUAUUUUUUUCUAGAUAUCUUUAUAUUUCUGUUGUAUUUUUUAGUUAUGUAAUAUGUGCUACAGAAUUUUUGUUAUUAAACAUGAUCCAAAAAUUUCUAGGCAUAUUCUGUAUGAGAGGGCAAGAGAAUGCCUGAAAGCUAGAAGUCCAUGGACUGCUUUCUUGCAUGAUAUCUGGGGCUUUCCUGAAUCUGAGAGAAGGUACACUAUAAUAUUUAUUGAAAUAAUUUGGACUACAUAGGACAACAUUCCCAGCAUAGAAUGAGUAUGUUAUUUUCAGAUCCUGCAUAUGUUUUCAUCAUCUUAAUAAAGCCAUGCUAUGAGGUUCAUGUGAAA